ACAUCCAGCAACUUUCAAAGAAUCAACAAUGGCUUCCCUUCCAUGCAUCUGUCUGGUCCUCUGUCUCUCCAAUGCUCUUCUCAUGAGCUCAUCAUCCCCGGUCUCUGCAGCAGCAGAUGACGAUAAGAAGGAAUACAUCGUGUACAUGGGAGCGCUUCCUUCAGAGACCCAUUACUCGCCCAUGUCUCACCAUCUUAGUCUCCUUCAAAGAGUUGUCAAGUUAAAUUUCGUCAGAGAGUCUCUUGUCAGAAGCUAUGGAAGAAGCUUCAAUGGCUUUUCCGCUAAGCUCACCAAAGCUGAAAGCGAGAAACUUGCUGGCAUGGAAGGGAUAAUUUCUGUCUUUCCAAGCAGAGUUUACCAGCUUCAUACAACGAGAUCUUGGGAUUUCAUGGGAGUCGACGACGAGAUCAAACGUGUCCCCGAGGUCGAAAGUAACACGAUAAUCGGUGUCAUUGACAGCGGAAUCUGGCCAGAAUCUCUGAGUUUCUCAGACGAAGGCUUUGGUCCUCCGCACAGCAAGUGGAUAGGUUCUUGCGUUUCAGGGUUUAACUUCACCUGCAACAACAAGGUGGUCGGAGCAAGACAUUACGUUCUAGAUACUGUGAGAGACUUUAGUGGUCAUGGGACUCACACGGCGUCGACGGCCGCCGGGAACAAAGUAGAAGGCGUGAAUUUCUACGGUUUAGCACAAGGCACGGCAAGAGGAGGCAUACCUUCGGGGAGAAUCGCUGCAUACAAAGUUUGUGAGCCCGCAGGUUGCAAUGCUGCAGCCAUCUUGAAGGCAUUUGAUGAUGCUAUAGCUGAUGGCGUCGAUAUCAUAACGAUAUCCAUCGGGGGAGGAGCCGCUCCUUUCCAUGAAGAUACUCUCGCCAUUGGAGCUUUUCACGCCAUGGCAAAAGGGAUUCUGACAGUAGCCUCGGCAGGUAACAGCGGUUUGGAUCUCGGGAAGGUUACUAAUAUCUCGCCGUGGAUUCUAACUGUGGCAGCUGGUUUCACCGAUCGAAAAUUCGUUACUAAGGUUGUCAUCGGAGAUGGCAAGACUUUACUCGGAAAAUCGAUCGAUAGUUUCGAUCUGAACGGGAAAAACUACCCUUUCGCAUAUGGGAAAACCGCUUCAAGUACAUGUACAGAGGAACAAGCUAGAGCUUGCGAUGACGGUUGCUUUGAUAUGGUGAAGGACAAGAUCUUGGUGUGUGAUGGAUUUGGCGCUGUUGAUGAGCCUAAAAAACUCGGAGCCAUCGGAAUUAUCAUGCAUCUCGUUACAAAUAGUAUUGAUAUCGGAACUCUUCCCAUCUCCCUUUUAGACGACAAUGACUACAACACGCUCAUAUCUUACAUUACCUCGACAGAAAACCCGGUAGGAACGAUAAUGAAAAGCGAGGUGACUAAUGAGGCUAAUGCUCCUCUCGCCGUCGCUCCCUUCUCUUCUCGUGGCCCAAACCCUAUCAUCAAUGACAUAUUGAAGCCGGAUAUUACAGCUCCAGGGGCUAAUAUAUUGGCAGCGUAUCCGCCUGUGGCCCCACUCUCGGAUGAUAAGGACGAUACACGACGGGUAGAUUACCGUUUUCUCUCGGGGACAUCGAUGGCUUGCCCUCACGUUGCCGGAGCAGCCGCCUAUAUCAAGACGAUCCAUCCCGACUGGUCGCCUUCCUUCAUCAGAUCAGCUAUCAUGACAACCGCUUGGCCGAUGAAAGGUUCUGACAGCCAAGGGGCUGAGUUCGCGUACGGAUCAGGAUACCUCGAUCCAGUGGGAGCUACUGAUCCUGGACUUGUGUACGAAACAACAAAGGAGGAUUACUUGACAAUGCUCUGCGCGAUGAACUACACCGCUGAAUCUAUCAAGAUCAUCUCCGACGAAGACAUGAAAUGCCCCCAAGGAUCGAUGGUCCGAGACCUGAAUUACCCGUCACUGACGGCCCGAGUUUCUCCCUCCUCGUCUUCCGAAAUCACGUUUUCGAGGACUUUGACGAACGUCGGGACAGCGAAAUCCGAGUACAAGGCUCAAGUGACUUCGGAUCCGAGCCUCACCGUAAAGGUUGACCCAGUAACACUCUCUUUCAACGCACUGGGAGAGAAGAAGUCUUUCACAGUCAUUGUCUCAGGGAACGGUCUGUCGAGUAUUUCUGGUCUUGUCUCUGCAACUCUUUUUUGGUCUGAUAGCUCUCAUCAUGUCGUAAGAACCCCUAUUGUUAUCUACCCUUAAGACAAUACAUAUAUUCAGUUGUA